AGAGGUGCUCUCCUCGAGUGGGAUCGUAACUUCGUGGAACCAGAAUCUACUUGCUGAUCGGCUGCUUGGACGACCCAACGCCGCCGUCUUCAUCGCCAACGGAUGGGUUCCUUGAAAGAGACUGCAUCAUCAUUGCCGAUGGAGAAAUUUCUUUGUGAACGGUUGCUGGAUCCGACCCAACCCAUAUCGGAGCGCUUUAGAGCUCUCUUCUCUCUCCGCAACCUCAAAGGCGCCGGCCCCCGAGACGCACUCAUACGUGCAACAAGAGAUUCUUCAAAUUUGUUGGCCCACGAGGCUGCAUUUGCAUUGGGUCAGAUGCAAGAUACUGAAGCUAUUCCUGCUUUAGAAUCAGUUCUCAAUGAUUUUUCUUUGCAUCCUAUUGUUCGUCAUGAGGCUGCAGAAGCUCUUGGAGCAAUUGGUUUAGAAAGUAAUAUUCCUCUUUUGCAGAAUAGUUUGCUUGUAGAUCCAGCUCCAGAGGUUCAGGAAACCUGCGAGUUGGCUCUCAAACGAAUUGAGGAAUUGAAGACUGUUGUUGAUGGUGAUGGCACGUCCUCUACUGAAAAAUCACCUUUCAUGUCGGUUGAUCCAGCUGCGCCAGUUUCUUCUUGUUCCUCUGUUGAUGAGCUGAGGGAUAUUCUUCUGGAUGAAGAGAAAUGCAUGUAUGAUCGGUAUGCUGCAUUAUUUGCACUUCGAAAUCGUGGUGAAGAUGCAGCUGUUUCUGCAAUAAUUGAUUCUUUGGGUGGCAAAAGUGCUCUGUUGCGGCAUGAGGUUGCCUAUGUAUUGGGCCAAUUGCAAAAUAAUGCUGCUUCUGCUGCACUAAGUGACAUUCUCAGGGAUGUGAAUGAGCAUCCAAUGGUUAGACAUGAGGCUGCUGAGGCCCUUGGUUCUAUUGCUGAUGAACAUAGUAUUGCACUCCUCGAGGAAUUUGCAAAAGAUCCCGAGCCUAUUGUGUCUCAGAGCUGUGAAGUGGCCUUGAGCAUGUUGCAAUAUGAAAGAUCGGGAAAAUCAUUUGAGAUUGGUUGAGCUUGUUUUAGUUUGUCAAUGGCGUGCAUUGGAUUGAAUUGUUUUCUGCAUACAAGCUAUAGCAGGAUGCUUGCAUUGCAUUUGCCUCAUGUGCAGAGGAAGAACCGUUUAAUCCAAUCCAAAACCAAUGCGUGUCUCCCAUUGUGAGUAGAGGGGGAGAGAUAAGAUUUGCAUUUUAAAUUCUUUUCCAAGCUAUGUCAUCUGAAGGUGGCUGUGGGAAGUGAGGCUAGGAAGAUGUGAUGCAGUAACAUAUGAGGUAAGAGCUUUGACACAGAAUAGACUUUUCUGGUGCGAAAAUCCAUAUUCGUGUGUUAGAUGACGAACCUUUCAUGCUUCUUUUUCUUCGCAAUCCCUACCAAUUAUAUUUGGGUUGCCCCAUAUCUCUUUCCUUCUGAGGCUUCAACUUCAACUUCAACUUCAACACUCUGCUAACGUAAUGGAAGUUUUCCACGUGUGUGCUGAUGCAAAGAUAAUCAUGGUUACAUUCUUGCCAUUCACUCACAUUUUUCCAAAUUUGCUUGUUCGACAGUAGUCAGCAAAGUUGUAACAUUCAGUUUUUGUUGUUUUCUGCAAUAAAAUAAGGAUAAGCAACAAGUAUUAUCAUGAGAUA